AUGUCCUGGAAGCUCACCAAAAAGUUGAAGGACACGCACCUUGCACCUUUAACAAGCUUUGGUCGUUCCUCAUCUACUUCGACUAUCAAGGGCGGCGAGUCAAAUGGCGGUGGUGACGAGACACCGGUGGCCUCCCAGGCCCCGAGUAUUGCUCCCACACCCUCGUCAAAUGGCAUUGUGGCUUCAGAAUCCUUGGUGUCGCCUCCCGUGACGCAAGUCAACCCCGGCAUUCUUAUUGUCACACUCCACGAAGGCCAAGGACUGGCCCUCUCCCCUCAACUUCAGCAGAUCUUCAACUCCCAUUUCCAAAACAACUCCUACGCCCCCUCCUCAUUGCGUCCGAGCACAUCCUCUUCGUCUCAUUCAUCUCAUGGCCAACCCGGUUCUUACAUGCAGUCUUCCCGCCCGCAGUCCACCAGUGGCGGUAUCAACGCAGCACCGACUAUCCACGGCCGUUACUCCACUAAACACCUCCCCUACGCCCUCCUCGAUUUCGAUAAGAACCAAGUCUUUGUCGAUGCUGUGUCGGGUAAUCCUGAAACCCCGCUGUGGGCAGGCGACAGUACUGCCUUCAAAUUCGAUGUCUCACGGAAGACUGAGCUGAAUGUUCAGUUGUAUCUGCGCAACCCCGCGGCCCGCCCCGGUGUUGGUCGAAGUGAAGAUAUCUUCCUUGGAGCCGUCAAGGUCCACCCUCGUUUUGAGGAGCCAGGCACUCCCUUCGUGGAAGACCCCAAGCUGAGCAAGAAGGAUAACCAGAAGGCAGCUGCUGCCCAUGCCGAACAUGAACGCGCACGGGGUCAGCUCGGUGCUGAGUGGCUGGAUCUUCAGUUCGGAGGUGGCUCAAUUAAGAUCGGCGUAUCAUUUGUUGAGAACCGACAACAUAGCUUGAAGAUGGAGGAUUUCGACUUGUUGAAGGUCGUUGGUAAGGGAAGUUUCGGCAAAGUCAUGCAGGUCAUGAAGAAAGAUACCGGCCGAAUCUAUGCCCUCAAGACCAUUCGCAAAGCUCACAUUAUCUCCCGGUCUGAAGUUACACAUACACUUGCAGAACGUUCAGUACUUGCGCAAAUCAACAAUCCCUUCAUCGUCCCCUUGAAGUUCUCCUUCCAGUCACCAGAGAAGCUGUAUUUCGUACUGGCAUUUGUGAAUGGUGGAGAAUUGUUCCACCAUCUGCAAAAAGAACAGCGAUUCGACAUUAACCGGGCUCGUUUCUACACCGCGGAACUCUUGUGUGCUCUUGAGUGUCUCCAUGGGUUCAAGGUUAUCUACCGUGAUCUCAAGCCCGAAAACAUUCUACUUGAUUACACUGGCCAUAUCGCUCUAUGUGAUUUCGGUCUGUGCAAGCUGGAUAUGAAGGAUGAGGACCGUACCAACACAUUCUGUGGAACACCCGAAUACCUUGCACCUGAGCUUCUACUUGGCAAUGGCUACACCAAGAGUGUGGAUUGGUGGACCCUGGGUGUCUUACUUUAUGAGAUGCUUACAGGCUUGCCACCCUUCUACGAUGAGAACACCAACGAAAUGUACCGCAAGAUCUUGCAAGAGCCUCUCACAUUCCCAAGCAGCGACAUUGUACCACCUGCUGCUCGUGAUCUUCUGCAACGUUUGUUGGACCGUGAUCCCAUUCGCCGUCUAGGUGCCAAUGGUGCAGCUGAGAUUAAGUCUCACCACUUCUUCGCCAACAUUGACUGGCGCAAGCUGCUGCAGCGCAAAUAUGAGCCUAGUUUCCGCCCCAAUGUGGUUGACGCCCGUGACACCGAAAACUUCGAUGAAGAAUUCACCUCGGAGAAGCCACAAGACUCAUACGUCGACGGUCCCGCCCUGUCCUCAACCGUACAGGAGCAGUUCGUAGGAUGGUCAUAUAACCGUCCUGUGGCUGGCCUCGGCGAUGCUGGUGGCAGUGUCAAGGACCCGUCUUUCGCUAGCAUCCCCGAGUAA